CUACCAUUCUAUUGUCCCACCAAUUCUUAUCCUAGAAAAUAGAAGAAGGGCCGAAAAAGGAAAGAUGUCCUUCUACGUCGCCCCCAGCCAGCAGCGCACUCUCCGCGCCUGCAUGGUGUGCUCGCUCGUCCAACUGCACAGCAAAUUCAUGCGCGAAGGCUGCCCCAACUGCGACAACGUCCUCGGCCUGCGAGGCAACAACGACGCGAUCCAAGAAUGCACGUCGCAGGUCUUCGAGGGCCUAGUGACGCUCCGCGAUCCCACGACCAGCUGGGUGGCUAGGUGGCAGAGAUUGGAUAGUUAUGUGCCGGGGACGUAUGCGGUCAAGGUUACGGGGUCGCUUCCCGACGAGAUUAUUUCCAGUUUGGAGGAUUCGGGCGUGAAGUAUAUUCCGAGGGACGGUAGCACGGGUGAAGAGGAGGCGUGAUCGAUCGAUCGCUGUCUGCUUGCUCGGAUGUUUUUUCUUCGCUGCUUUAGUUCGUUUGCGCCAUAUGUCGGUUCUCUAUCUUGCACGGCAUAGCGAUAUUUUCAGUAAAAAAGGGAGGAUGGCUUGGCCUUUCUUCUUCGAUUUGCACGAUUGGAGUUUCGGUUCUACAAUUUCUCUUUCGAUCAUGUACGGUACGGGGUUUGUCGGGUUGGUUUGAUUCUGCACACUGUUUAUAAUUUACAAAGGGGGAUGUCUACUGGAUACC